ACCUUAAUCUUAUCUGAUCUGUGUCUAAUAAAGCAAUAACCAAAGAAACCUUUGACCAGCUAAUAAACUUAUAUUAUAUAUAUAUACACACACUAUGACUCAUAUUCCCGGUAGGAAUUAGAUCAGAAGAAAACAGCCUUUUCUGUAUGUAUUUCCUUCUUUGUGUGGUAUAUAAAGCACAGUGGGGAGAGUUGAUCAGGACAAGAUAAACCAACAACAAGAAAUUGAAAGAUGAAGACCCCAGUGGCUUUGCUGACUUUAUUCCUCUUUUACCUUUGUGUGGCUGAGGCCCAACAGUUGGUUACUGGAGCAGGUGAGAGCAACAGCAAAGAGAUUCCCAAAAUCAAAUCGCCUUCUCCGCGUGCAGGUGACAUAAUAGGGAGCCGAGAAAACUGUUGCCAACUUGGUGCCUUCUUAAGAGAACUGGAGGCCAAACUGAAAAACACUGAGAAACAAUUAGAGGAUCUGAAGGGAGUAAUCCAAGGUAACAGAGUGGCAUUUGGAGCAUCUAUCAGCAAUGUUGGAAAUGUUGGACCUUUUAACGCUGAGAUCACACUGACCUACAAGAAUGUCUACUCAAACACAGGCGCAUACAACCCUACAACAGGUAUUUUCACGGCUCCAGUUAAAGGAUUCUACUACUUCAGUUUCUCUGGCCAUAAUAUAUCAUCUAAACCAAUGGGGCUGCGGCUAAUGAAGAAUGGAAAGCAGAUGGUUACUGUGUACAACCACACAGCUGGAAACCGCUACGAGACAGCAACCAAUGGCAUGACUCUACAGCUUGAAGUGGGAGACCAAGUGUACAUGAGACUCCGGCCAAACACCUGGAUUUUUGAUAAUGAAAAUAACCACAGCACCUUUAAUGGCCAUUUGUUAUUUCGUCUGUAAGUGAAAUAAAAUUCAAAUAAGCUAGAAAGAGAAGGCUUUAAAAAGAAGAGGUUAGUGAGUAAACACAACAAUCUUCAGCCACAGGCCUCAGUAUAUUGUUGUGUCAGGUAAACUAUAAGAUAUGAUACACAAUUUUCAGGGUAACAACUUAUAAUAUCUUUUUGUGUGUGCUGCAUCAUUUUUUUGGCUACUGGUGAGCAGACAAAAACCAAGCUUACAGAUACACAGCUGUUUCACUGGCUUAAAAAGUUAAAAGAAUUGCCUAUUUUUACAUCUAGCACACACAGGGCAACUCUGGCAUUAAACUGAAGUCUGGUUGACAGUAAGCCCUAAGUAAAUGCUUGACUAUAGUCAACUUUCUCUGUUAGCUGUUUGGUGCUGGGCAGAUAGUGUAGAGUGGAUUUAUCAGAGUAAGGCCCUUUGAUUUAAGAAUAUUGUGGAAUCUGCCAAAACGCGGAUGCAUUUAAUAAAUAUCUGGGCUUUCCCUGUGAUUAUAAGCAUUUUUUUCACAAUACUUACCGAAAAGAUAAAAACUAUACUGCUAUGUUUUGGUGUCAUUUAUGGGCACUGC